AUGGAAGUAUUAGCAUGGAAUGAUAUGCUGAAACCCCGGGUGAAAAGGAGUCGAAGCAUAAUUGAAAGGGAAGAAGGCAACACGGAGCAGUACAACAAUUCCAAUAACCAACUUGUCAUAUAUAGGAAUUCUUUUAAAAAUAGUUCAUUAUGUUAUGCAUGGAAUGCAUAUUUUGAUAAAAAUAAAGUAAAAAAGAAUAUUAUGGUUUGUUGUGAUUUAAAUAAGAUGUGUAAUGAAAUAUUAAAAGGAAUAGAAAACAAUAGUUUAACAAUAAAGACAUUUUCAUUUUUAUUUAUUGGUGUGUGCAAUAUAUAUAAGAAAAAGGUUCAUUUUAUUGGCCAAGAUUAUGAUUUAUUAAAAAGGAAGAUAUUGUCUUUGUAUAAAAAUAAAGAUCAAGAUGUGGAUGAAUUAGGAAAUUCCAAGGAUUUGAAAAGGAGAAAAGUUGGGAAAAAUGAUAAUGGUGAUGAUAGUAGUGGUAAUAAAAGACGAUUAAGUAAGACACCCCUUAAUAUAAAGAGAGGGUCUAUCGGUUUAAAUGAAGGAAUACCAUCUAUAAUUGACGAUUUUACAGGAAGAAAAUCUCGAUUUUCUUUGGCUGCUGAUGAAAUCAGUAUAGCUGGUACAGAGCCCAACAAUGGUUAUUAUUUAAAUGACAGUGAAAUGAAUAACCAGAUGCUUAUGGAUAUUUCUGGUAUUAAUGAUUUUAAUUUUGAUAAUGACAAUAAUACUACUAAUAAUAACAUGAAUAAUAAUUACCAUGAUUUAGAAAAGGCAUUAGAAGGUUCAUUCAUUUCUAGACAUAGUACACCUUUAAACAAUUUAGACGGAUUAAAUUUAAAUAGAUCUUUAUCAGAGUCUUUUAAUCAUAUGGAUAAGUUAAAUGCUGAAAAUCCUAUACUUAAUAAUAUGAUACCGAAAAAUAUGUUUUCUAAUUUGGAUGCUUCACUUAACGAAAAAAGUAUGGGAGGAAAUUUUAAUAAUUUAGAAUUUAAUUCUGUUAAUAAGAGUGAUGGAUUUAAUUCCAUGAGUUUUUACAAUAAUGCUGUUAAUGGAGACAAUGUGAAUAAUCUUAAUUUAUCUAAUGAUUACAUGAAUGGUAUUGGUGGUAAUCCAUAUAUAAGAACAGAUAAUACUAAUAUGUUUAAUAAUAUGAAAGAUCGUAGUGGUAUGAGUGCAUCUAAAGAAUUCCAAGACAUUCCAUAUAAUAAUAAUUUUAUGGGUACUUUUCAAAAUAUGCAUUCACCAAUGAAUAAUAGAAAUGAUAUGUAUAAUUUCAAUCCGUAUAUUCGAAUGAAUUCAAUGAGUAAUAAUAACUUUGAUGGUAGAAAUAAUUUGAAUAAUUUUUCGCAAAGAAUAAAUAACCAAUUUGGUGACAUUGAUGGAAUGAGUAAUGUAAUGGUUGGAAGUAUGUUUAGUCCUCGUAAACAAAAAGCUACCCCUCAAAAAGCUAAUUAUUUGAAUAGACUAAAUUUUGAAGCAUAUCAGAAUUUUGAUUAUUUUGACCAAAAGGAUGAUGAUGUUUUUAUUAAAAAAUUGAAUAAUUUACUCGGAUUAGAUGAAAGUGAAGGUGAAGAAGAAAAGGCAAAAAAAGGAGAAGAAUCUUUGGCUAUUCCUGAGGAAGGAAAAGAAAAAGGGGAUUCUUCAGAUAAAGAUGAUUUUGAUAUGGAUAUUUCUGAUGAUGAAAAAGAUAAAAAUAAAAACAAUGAAUUAGCUUUGCAAGGAAAAGAUUCGAAUAAUAACAAAUUAGACGUUUCAAUGUCGAACAAAAGUGAUAAUAUGCAAGCAUCUAAAAAACGUAAAUUAGAAAAACAAAUAGUUGAUAAAAAUUAUAUGAUAAAAGAAUCAGUAAUGAGAGGUAUACUAAAAAAUGAAAGUGUUAAUUAUAAAAAGUUUUUGAUUGAUACUAUAAAUAAUGAAAUAAAUGAACAGAUUCAAAGAGAGCAUCGUGGAUUUCAAAAUUUUUGUUUACAAUCAAAUAAUGAUAAAAUAAAACCAAUAUAUAAAAUGGAAAUAAAUUUUGGAUAUGAAUCAUUAGAUUAUGAGGAGAAAAAAAAUGUACUUGAAAAUUAUUUAAGUUAUAGUGCAAAUGACGCAAAAUAUUUAUAUGAAAAUAAAAAUAUAUUAGAUAAUUUUAAUAUUAGAAAAUGUUUAGAUAAUAUUGAUGGAAAUGCUAUAUCUAAUGAGAACGAUAGUGCAUUGUCUAGUAACUUUUUAUCAUUUGAAAAUGAUGAAGAAUUAAUGAAAAACAAUUCUUUAAAUAUUGAAGAAGUAAGAGAGCAAUUUAAUGGUUUCCCAUUAGACCGAGACCAUAUUAUUCCUAGCGAGUUUAAAAACAAAUUUAGUAUAGAUUUAUCAAUGACACAAAAUGAUCCAAUAGAUUUAAAUUUAAAUGACUUAAAUUUUAAAGAUGAUAUGGAAUCUAGAAUACAUAUGGAUAGCCAGAUAUCCAAAAGUUUAGUGUUGUAUGGUGAUGAUGGAAGUGUGAGUAAAGUUGGUGAUGUACAAAAUAUACAUAAUUUAAAUGAAAAAAUGAAUUGGGAAUUUAAUUCAUCUUCUUUAGAUUUGGUUGGGGAUUCAAAUUCUGAUUUUAUUAAUAUAUUUAGUAAAGAUAAUGAGAGUGUAAUAUUAGAAGAUAAAAGCAUAGAUUUUGAUAUAAAUUUAAAACAAGAUUUUGAUUUAAUUGCAAAGGAUUUAUUAGAAGUUUAUAAAAAAUUAUCAAAAAAAAUUAAUUAUAUAUUUUUUGAUUUAAUCACAAAAAAUGACAAAUCAAAGGAAGAAAUAUCUAUUCUUUUUUAUAUUACUUUACAUUUGGCUAAUUUAGGUUAUAUACAAGUAAUUCAAAAACCAAUACUUCCAGAGCAUUUGAAUUCAUAUGAAGAAAAUUUUUCUCGUCCCAUAUUGAUACAGCUCGUUGAUCAAAAGGAAAAUUAA